CUCCCCCGCCACGGCCCCUCCUCGACCCCCGGCCGUGGCCGGGCCCGCUCACUGGGCUCCAGCUCGGCUUGGCCCGGCCAGGCGAUGACCCUGGCGAUGACCCCGUCCGGCCGCCACGAGGGCUCCUGGCUCCUAGCCGUGCCCGCCCGGCCCCGCCGCUUCCCGGCAGCGCUGGCCUCGCACACCGGCACAUGGCGACCCUGCGAACCCUUCUGCUUCUCGGGCUGCUCUUUACGACGCGGGGGCAGAGGGCGGCGCAGAGACGGCGGCCGCCCCCUCCCCAGAGUGCGCUGGAGAAGGUGGCGGCUCAGGAGGGGCUCAACCUCCACCAGCUACCUGGCAGAGCACAGCCACCAGUUGGAGGCCACGAUGAUGACAGUGACCGUCCUGGAUGGGCAGAGCCUGGCCAUCAGCACCUUCAGGAAGCUGGACAGGAUGUGCUGGGAAAUCAGGCAGCACUACCUUCCUGCCCAGGCCCCUGGACGCUUCCUGCUGAAGGGCCAUAGGAAAAGCAGCAAGGUGGAUGUGGUGGUGGGUGAGGCUGAUGCCAGCAGCUUCAUCAUCCUCUAUUACCAGAAGGGCCGCAGCAUCUCUGUUAAGCUCUAUGGACGGAGCAGCCUGGUCAGUGACACCGUCAUGGACAAGUUCGAGCAGCGCAUCAGGGCUGUGGGACUGAGUGAGGAUGUGACUUACCACUUCCCCACCUAUGGGUUUUGUGACUCUGCAGAUGAGUUUCACGUCCUCGAUGGUGAGUUGGGGGUGCGGGGUAAUGCACUGGGUGCACUUGUGUGCCAGGCUCGGUCCCACACUGGGCACCAGUCGGGUGUCCCUGUCCUGGCAGUGAACUGGGCACACUGGGCCAGAUCCACACUGCACCAUGGUUGUGUGGUCCUGCCCCAGGAGUAUGGGAGGGCUUGUCUGGCACAGGAGAGGCCAUGACAGACCAUUGCUUAGAAUAGAGUCUAUGCCCUUGUGUGGCAAACCGUCACUCAGAAUAGGCAUCAGGUACAUCCUGGCAAAAGCAAACCCCACUCACCCCCCACAUGGGUCAGACUGGGCUUGAUGGAUCUAUAUUGAUGUUUCCUGGGGUGAGGGCUGAUCUGGGAUGAGAUAUCCUGCCACAGGAGCACCCUGGGGUGAGAGCUGCAGUCCCCGGGGACAACUCCAUCACUUGUCAUUGGUGCUUGGGGAGCUAGAGGUAAGUAUCCAGCCUUGAUGCUGGGCUUGGACAACCCCCCAGCCCCUCAGCACUUCUCUUCCUUCCAGAAAUGAAUCUGUAGGUGCACAUAGAGUUGCCAGGAUGUCCUAGAGUUCACCUCAGCCAGAUGCCGAUUGGCCACACAGAUCUGAGCCACGCUUUCAUCAGCUCCCGCUGCUGCUCCACAGUUAUGGAGCCAGCCAGCCCUGGGGCUCCUCAGCCCCUCCACCUGUGCUGGCAGCUGUGUAUGUCCUUGUCCUGUGCCUCCCAACUUGUGUCCCCCCUCUGCUCUGUGCCUCACUCUUCUGCAGCAGCAUGCAACGCCCCAAUAAAUGCCUCAGAGAAGAA